AUGAUGCCGCGCGACGCUGACGCGGCCCUGGUGAAGCGGCAGUACUACCGUCUGGCCCGCCAGUGGCACCCCGACAAGAACGCCGGCAACGCGGAGGCCACCACCAAGUUCCAGCUGCUGGGGGAGGCAUACCAGGUCCUGUCUGACCCUGAGCUGCGGGCGCGCUACGACAAGCACGGCACAGAGGGGCUGGACGUGAACUUCAUAGACCCCUCAACCGUGUUUGGCAUGCUCUUCGGGUCGGAGUUGUUUGUCCCUCUGGUGGGUGAGUUCCUCAUCGCCACCGCGGCCUCCAAGGGGCGGGAGCUCAGUGAGGGCGAGAUCACGGCCAUGCAGGAGGUGCGCAUUGCCAAGCUGGUGGUGACGCUGUCGGGGCGGCUGUCGCCAUAUGUGGCCGGGGAGAAGGAGGGAUUCACGGAGGUGCAGACCAUCAACGCACAGCAGCUGGCGUCGGCGUCAUUUGGCGAGGUGCUGCUGCAGGCCAUAGGCGGCGUCUACGCCAACGAGGCCGCCACGUUCCUGGGGGGCAGCAACCCCUUCGCGGCGGCCCAGGCGGCCGUCCAGCUGGCGCAGCACCAGGCACGCGUUGAGGCCGCUGACGAGGCGCUGCAGCAGCAGGCGGCGGCGCUCAAGGCGCUGGAGGAGGCGGGGGAGACGCUGCCCGAGGAGGCCAAGGUGCAGCUGUACGGCCUCAUGAUGGCGCGGGCCGAGCUGGAGCAGGCGGGCGUGGGGCUGGCGCUGCAGGCCAUGUGGGCGGCCAACAUCGUGGACAUUCAGAAGACACUGCACCAGGUGUGCAAGCGGCUGCUGCGCGACCCGGCCCUCAGCAGGGAGGACGCGCGCAAGCGCGCCGCGGCCCUGGGGGAGCUGGGCCGGAUCUACCAGGAGGCGCGCGCGCCGCCAGAGCUGCGGCGCAACGCGCAGGAGCAGCUGGAGGAAGCCAUGAAGAAGCUGCAGGAGAUGAUGGGGGGCGGGUCGCCGGAGGAGGGGGCGGGCCACGCGGCGGCGGCGGCGGCGGCCGCUGGGGAGCGGUAG